AUGAAAAAAAUUUUCUCUACCAUAAUUAUUUCACUUAUUUUCUUCUCGGCACUCACAAGUGCACAAAGUCCUACCGCAGCAAGUCCUGCGAGUGCCACUGAUUCAAUUGCACAAUGUAUUAUAAAUCAUCAUUGCGCCCCUGAAGAUAUUAAUUGUCGUGCCAUAUGCGCACAAGUUCCUAACCCUUCAAAUCAAGAUGCUAACGCGACCAAUGCCUGUGUAGCUGGUUGUCAAAGCAGCGCCAACGACUCCGAAGCGUACAAAAAAUGCACCAGUAAUUGUAUUUCUCAAUAUUAUUCUAACCCUACUAGCAAUCCACAAGGUCCCGUCGUAGUAUCUCCCACACAAACAAACCCUAGCGCGCCAUCGGAUAAAGUUGGUUUUGAAAAUAAAUAUCUUGAGGGAACUUAUGUUGCAGUUUUCGUGCACUUAAUCAUCUGGGUGACAUUAUUGUUGUUUUCUGAAUUUAUUCGUAAAAGACACAUUCUUCCAUCUAAUCUAAGACUUGAACCCAACGUCGCACCUAUUACGACACAGGAUUUUGCGACUGCGGACCAAAUGGAUAAUCGUUAUGCAAAAGCAACAAAUGCUGCAAGGGAUUCUUUGUUGAUGCUUAUUAUCGCGACUAUUAUGACUCAAGCGGGUUACGGCGCGACCGCGGCUUCCAUCAUUCUUUCUUGGGUUUUUGUGGCCUUAUCGAUUUUUUGGGUUCUUUCUAUCUUAUUCUUUGAUCACAUGUGGGUACCUUUAAUCCUUCAAGCAAUAUCAUUUCCUUUCAUUCUAGCAAUUCUUGCUUUAGCAUUUCGUACCUCUGAAAAAGGGAAUCCCCUUCUUCCUCAACGCCCUCAUGCCAAAGUUAUUGGUUACAAUAAUUUGGGUUCAUAUUGGUAA